AUGAUAGCCCCCCCACGAAGCCGAACCCGUGCUAACACCGUCUCAUCAGCCCAGUCGCCGGUUGAAGGUCUGAGCGAUCGGUUGUCGACCGUCUUCUCGCAGUACACGCCCAUUGAUAUCGAAUUGUGGAAAAGCGAGUCCUGGAACGCGACCUUGAAACCGGCCUCGAGAUCCGUAGACGGAAGAGACCACCCAUCACAGUACCAACACCACCAGACCUUCCCGGCGGGACUCGCGCCGAAUUCCUCGUCAGACCUCCAACUCCAACCUACGAAUUUGUCCCCCCGUCUGUAUCCGCCGGGAAGCACACUUGCAGACAAAACUCACAAUCGCCAGACCAGCAUUGUUCAUGGCAUACAGCACUCGAGGAAUGGGAGUGUCGCUAGUUCCUCGUCCAGCCCGCUGAGCCCGCAGAUAAUUGCUGCCGUGGGAGGAGGGAAGUCUAAUGCAUCCAACAUGGGCGAUUCUGCGUUCAUGUCCGCCAUGUCCAGCAACAUGUCCAGCGGGGGCUCCUUCAGCUCGAGUACCACUCUGGUCCCCGAUCGACCAUCAACAGAGCACAGCAACUAUUCAACGACCCAACGGAGACUAGAACGGAAGCAAAGCGUGAAGCCUCGCAGUCACCAUCACUCCAAUUCGCGCCAUCACAAGGAUGAAGUGAAAACCGUGGGGGAAUAUGCCUUGCAUGUAUUGUUUACAUCUGUCAGUUGCCAAACUCGUACCCGCUACGAGCGCUUCACUAAUCCCCUCUUAGUUCAUUGCACAGGCGGAAGAGAAGAUCAACAUGUGUAUUACAGUGCCCCUCGACCCUGAGCCCCAAAUAGAGCAGAUAUGCGGGCCCGGCGUAGAUGCGACAUUCGAUCAGUUAAUUUCGGCUUUGGGACAUAUCGCAAGUCAAAAACCAAAACCGCUAAUCGAUUCCAUGAUGUUAUGGCGCAAGAACAAAAGUGAUGCUGCAAACGAAGCUCGGACACAGCUUGCCCAGGUAGGCCCCCCUUCCUACGUCAUCUAAUAUGUUCCUUAUACUUUCAACUAGCUUCGAAGCAACAGUGUUUCUUCUUCUUCUGGUCAUCCUCCUCGAAGAAAUACCGAACCUCCUCACCUGACAACGGAUUCAGAUGGGACUAGUGCACCUUCAAUUGCCGCACGUCAAGAAUUAGUUGCCCAAGCUGAACGUCGUUCUGCAGCAUCCAUUUACAUUUUGUGCCGGGUUCUGAUAGAAGUCAUUGGUCAAAGUACACUAACAUGUAUCACGCCGGAUAUGGAGGAGAAAUUGGAGGGAAUCAUUUUUGGUCAACUGAAGAUUGCUGACGCUGAGGCGCUCGCCAACUCCUCUCUGAAGAUGGCGAAUUGGCAUUUGUUCAGCCAAUUACUUGGUGUCAUGAGUGAAAUAAAUUUCGAUAGCGUUGCCGACCGCUUCAUCAACGACCUCGAAAAAUCCCAGGCCGAUUUGGUUGGUAAGGGUCCAGGGAACAGAGAAAUAGAGGGUAGAAUGGAACUUGUCCUUGGAGGAAUGAAGCACUUGCGCAUCAAAACAUAUCCCGAAGAUAUAUGGGACCAAUCUUGCGACUUUAUGAUAUCCCUUGGCCGCUUCUUUGAUGUGUCUUCGGGCCAGCGCCUCAAAUAUGCUUACUGCCAAGCUUUGGAGGUUCUUUUACUACCUGUCGCGGCCACAGCUAAUACGGAGUUAAACAUGCCAAAAUGGACAGAGGUUCUUUCAGCUAUUGGCCCCCGACUUGCAUCAAUGUUUGUAAAGCCUAAGCAUUGGGCGGUUGCUUUCCCCCUUACUGCCACACUGCUUUGCGCCUCUCCUAUAGAGACUUUCUCGACUCAGUGGCUGCAGCUUGUAUUGCCAUUGCAGCCCAAAUUUAAGGAUCGAUUCGCACGCCCAAUUUGCCUUCAAGUAAUAUCCCGGCUUCUAUGGACCUAUCUCUAUCGUUCCCAAGAAUCAACCGCAGUCACGCACAAGAAGCUAGAUGAAGUCAUGAAGCUAGUUCUGCCACCAGGGAGAAGAACCUACCUUUCGACCGAUGCAUCUAUUGCGGACCCACUGAUUCAAAUUAUUCGCAUUAUCGGGUUCAAACACCAAGAGUAUUGCUUUAGGAAUAUUGUAUUUGCAUUAAUCAAUGCCGACCUAUUUGCUUCUAGAGAACUCAAGGAUUUCAAGGUCGAGCAACUAGAGCCAGAAAAGAUGGUUAUUGGUAUUCGAGCUUUUCUUGCCAUAAUGUCAGAUCUAGAAAAGGGAGAUCAAGGGCGACCGCCAUUUCCUCAGCAGUAUCAAAUGACGCCAGCUUUUGAGAGACUACCAACCUCUCCUAUCUUGAUGUCUCCGCGACCAGUUACCUCUACAGAAAUGCCAACGACGAAAGGAGAAGAGCGACUUUCGCGCCCUGUCCUCACAAACACUCUCGGCGAUGUCGCAAGGGAGUAUUAUGCUCGAUUUUGUGAGAUCCUUGGAAAGAUAACUAUUAUUUGUGACAACACCUUUGGUGGUCAAGCUGUGCUUGACGAGAAAUUCAACAGUCCAGCACCAAAAACUCCAAUUGCAGAAACUUUCAACUUUGGUCGUCGAGGUGGUGACGAUCAUCCCAGUCCAUCAGAAUUUAAACAAGGUUUUUACGAGCUGCUUCACGUCGCCGUUCAGGCCUUACCUCGUUGUCUGUCUUCUGAUAUCCCCAUUAAGUCGCUGGUAAAUCUCUUGUGCACUGGUACCGCACAUGUACAAUAUAACAUUGCCGAAUCGUCUGCACAAUCUCUCAAAUCAAUAGCGAGACAAUCACAGGCGCAGCAAGUCACCAUUGGGUUUGCGAGAUUUAUCUUCAAUUUUGAUGACAGGUAUUCUACCAUGUCAGAGGGCGGCAUGCUUGGGCCCGGACAUAUCGAGAGCACCCUCAAGCUUUAUGUUGAACUCCUGCAAAUUUGGAUUGAAGAGAUCAAAAACAAGACUAGAGAGGCUGCAGACGCUUCCGGAGAUGACAGUUCAGACAAGAGAGGAAUGCAGCUGGAUUUAUCAGGUAUUUGGGCUCAGAUUGAUGAACUCGAAUCACACGGAUUAUUUUUCCUUUGCUCUCAAUCUCGAAGAGUCCGGGCAUUUGCUGUCAAUGUCUUGCGCCUCAUUACAGAAUUCGACACCGCGCUGGGAAAGGAUAAUAGUCGACUGAUUCAUAUUCUCGAGGGUGAUUCCAUGCAUGUCAUGGAUUUCAAUGACGAGCACUUAUCAGUCGCUGAGCGCAGUAGGCUUCAGCGUGGGAUGCAGAAGAGUAACUCUCAAAGCGCCUUAAUCGAGCUUUGCAGCAGUGAGAUAUCCUACGACACGACACUUUGGUUCAAAAUAUUCCCAAAUUUGAUCAAGAUUAGCUAUGAGCGCUGCCCAUUUGCUGUUACACUCGGGCGGGAACUUAUCUGCAAUCGCGUCCUCCAGAUGCACAGGACUAUCUCUACCCUCUCGGAAGCAACGAGAGGUCCACAUUAUGGUGGAUCAUUUGAUCGCAUCGAACCCGGUAGUGGUAGAUUCCUUUCUCGAGCGUCAACUACGCCACCUGAGGUACUAAUUGAACAAUGGAAACUCUAUUUGAUAGUCGCAUGCACAACACUUUCUGAUAAAGGUGGGGCGCAACAGCUAUUAGCACAAGGACAGCAUGUCAGAAAAGGCUCAAAGCUCGCGCAGCCCCAGGAAAAGAUCGUUUCUGCGCGGUCCCUUUUCAAGAAAAUCAUACCACUUCUCUCUGUGGGACCCGCUUCAAUAAGGGACGCCGUAGUGGUAGCUCUUGGAGCCAUCAAUGUCAACAUAUUCAAAACUUUGUUGGAAGAGUUGCAAGACGCGGUGGCACGAUGUAACGACGAUGCUAGAGCCCGAAUACACCAAAGAACUGCAAGCAGUCCUCGUAGGAAUCGUAAGACUGAUCUGCUGAGAACCGAGAUAACCCACGUCUACAGAUUGACAUCACAUUUCCUCAAGGAUUCCGAUAUUUAUGAAGAUGAUUGGAUUGUGAACAACCUUGUCCUCUACACCAAAGACCUCAAGCUCUUCCUUAUGGAUGGCGAGGUUCAGAUGGAUUGGGAGUUUCAAAAACUCCGUCGACACUACUGCGGCCUGAUGGAGGAACUCUUUGAAGGAAUCAAUCGUACCCAAGACCCAUCUCGCUGGAUGACUUUUGAGUCCAGGAAAUCGGCCUUCGCCUUGAUGGAGGAUUGGUGUGGAUACUCACCCAAUCAACAGCAGAUCCGCCAGAGGGAAGACAGUAUGAGACAGUCGAUGAUUGACCAGCAAAGCAUUGGCGAGCGAGGUACGGUGACUGCCGCGAUGGAGAUUGAGAAACGCAAUCUACGUACCGCUGCACUGAGCGCCAUGGCUGCACUUUGUGGGGGGCCGAUCAGUAUUACAACCGAAAGCAAAGCCAACCUGCAAUUCGAUAUCCGAAGGAUGCUUUCCUGGAUCGAAACCAUAUUUAGUGUUGGAAGCGACAGAAUGCAUGCAAUAGGUCGAAGGGCACUCAAGAAUUUGAUUGUGCACAACAAGGAGUACUCCUAUCUCUUAGACCACUCAAUAUCGCGAUGUUACCUCGCAGAUGCCUCGAAAGUUUUGGAUAGUUACUUUGAGGUAGUAACGCAGGUAGUUUUGGAGAACUCCGAUUACCCGAUGCCAUUCUGGAGAUUGCUUGCGAUUGGCCUCUACACCCUCGGCAGCGAAAUGAGCGAAAUUCGUUCUAAAUCUGCCCAUGUGCUGCGAGCACUCGAGGAGAGACAACAAAAAAGCUCCAAGAUCCAGGAUUACGAUAUAAGCAUCUCGGAUAAGACGAAGGCUGUGUACAAGCUUGCGCAAUUUGAAAUAUCCAAGCGUCUUUCGAUUCAGCACUCUGAAUUGGCCUUCCUCAUAUUUUCAGAAUUCACUCAAUAUUUCAAAGACCUUCAACCUGAUGCCCAGCGAAACAUGGUCGCUGUCAUUCUUCCUUGGAUUCAGAUAAUCGAAUUGCAACUCGACCCCAACGGUGGGCCGACAGCAUACUCGUAUGUCUUGCUUGCAAAUCUCUUUGAGAUCACUAUCAAGUCCAGUAGCGCUCUUCACCACGAAGUUCAGGCCUUGUGGCAAGCGCUCGCUACUGGCCCUCAUGCAGGAAACGUCCAGCUUGUACUUGAUUUCAUCAUGAAUCUCUGCCUAGAUCGACGCGAGCAGAACUUUGUCGAAUAUGCAAAGCAAAUUGUUGUCUUUCUGUCGAGUACUCCGGCGGGUGUCAAGGUCGUCGAGUUCCUCUUGAUGCAAAUAAACCCCAAGGCAAUGAUACCGAAUGAGAGGCGUGAGCUUGCUCCGCCUCCACUAGACACAGUCAAACUACCUUAUGUAGCCGACUUGACCGAAGCUCUGCCAAUGGGUGCUAAACAGGCAGGCUUCUCGUUGGGGCAGCUAUCAUUGAUUCUACUGGUCGACCUGAUGGUUUCUCCAGACCAACUGGUGGCCGAGAACGUGCCGCUACUCCUGCAGGUCGUAACAGUUCUAUGGGAUCACUAUAUUCCUCUAGUUCAAGACCAAGCCCGCGAGAUGCUAAUUCAUCUGAUGCAUGAGCUAGUAGUCUCAAAGACCGAUGAUGAAUUUACGAUACCCACGAAGACGUCCAUUGAGGACUUUAUUGAAUCUAUCAGACGCCAUGAUCUGGCCGUUAUUUGGCAGUACGAAGAUAAUAAUGGCAAGGUUGAUGAUCAAGACAACAAAGUGCCGGCUGGAAUGGAACUACUUACGACCGCAAUGGUGAAGAAUUUUGAAAUUACAUAUCCUGGUAUUCAAGAGCAUUGGGGCAAAUUGUCACUGACUUGGGCUACAUCUUGUCCCGUCAGACAUCUCGCAUGCCGAUCCUUUCAAAUAUUCCGUUGCAUUCUCACCUCCCUAGACCAACAGAUGCUUGCAGACAUGCUAGCUAGGCUGUCAAAUACCAUUGCAGACGAGGAUUCUGACGUCCAAACUUUCUCUAUGGAAAUUCUUACCACCCUCAAGACCCUCAUCUGCAAGCUGGAGCCAGGUGAUCUAUUGAACUUUCCACAAUUGUUUUGGACAACAUGUGCAUGCUUGGAUAGUAUCAAUGAGCGAGAGUUCUUGGAAGCAUUGAGUAUGUUGGAAGUUUUAAUGACGAAGUUGAACUUUUCGGACCACAAUGUUCGAAAAAUUCUUAUGGAGGGUUGCCCCCCUAAAUGGGAGGGCACUUUUGAAGGACUCCAACCUUUAGUAUACAAAGGACUACGCUCCUCUGUCUGUCUCGACUUGACUUUAAAGACUCUAAAUGAACUGGUCCAGCUUCCAAAUGACCCUCUCAUUGGAGAUGGUAGCCGUUUACUGUAUGCGGUUCUGGCGAAUUUCCCUGGGUUCCUACAUGCCAUGGAUCAACCAACCAUCGACACGAAGAGCGCCCAGACAGCCGGCAUUCUUGCUGAAGUUGCAGAAGCCUCUGGUUGCAAUACCAUCGCUAGAGCGCUAAGUGGAUUCGCUGCUUCACGCUAUCGGUCGAGUAAGGAUUUCCAGUCUCAGUUGGUCUCGGCCCUUCGAGAGGCAUUCUUCCCUGAGCUAGACUUUGGCGCCCUGAUUUUCCUGAUGGGUCUUCUGACAAACAGCAUACCAUUUUACAGGCUGAAGACGAUGCGCAUUCUAUGUUCUGUCAUUCCAGAUAUCGACAUGCGAAAACCAGAAAUUGCGUCACAUGGUCCUGACUUGAUAUCACCUCUACUUAGGUUGUUGCAGACAGAAUAUUGUAUGCAAGCUCUUGAGGUUUUGGAUAAAAUCAUGACCAUGGCCGGAACUUCUAUGGACAAACAUCAUUUACGUAUGAGCAUGGCUCGGUCAUCGUCAAAGGCCAUUCGAAAAGAGUAUGAACGCACCCAAAGCCUUUUUGGAAUUCCUGAAGAAUCAGGAUGGUCAAUUCCUGUUCCAGCAAAGCACGCCGAAACCACGAGAUCCAACGUACAUGCUGCGUUUUACAUGUGCCAAAGCGCAGAAAAUGCGAACCAAGAACCAGCAACCACCCAAGAUGUUGAAUUCCACGUUGACAACUUCCAAUACGGGUACUUCCCAGCACCCGAACGAACCGAAACGAUGAUGUCUGAUGAAGGACGAGUAGAAGGACAUAUUGGAGACUUGGUGAUGCGCCUCGACAGUCUUGAUGACUUCUUCGAGGAUAGUUUAGGCAGUCCCACUAGUGAUGGACGAUCAUCUCGUACAAUCACUGAAGCUGGGUUCUCAGGGGAUGCAUUCGAGUCAGGAGCACAGUUAUAUGAUGAGCAAACGCUGCCCAUCUUACAUCAGUCACUUGCACGUACCUCAAGCACCGCAUCAUUUCAAAAUGGGUUCGCUGACAGAGUUUCGCCUGGCAGUCGUGAUGCUACCUCGAACGCAAUGAAUCCCGGCGCUUUCAAACUCGCCACCUCCGCUCGCACCGGGCUGCACACACGAAGUAUUACGUCGCCCUCCGCGCCGUCGGCUAGUUUCCAAAGUACGCUCACCACGUAUCUGUCUGAUGAGGAAGGGACCGAUGAGGUGUUCUCGGAUGGCGAUGAUGAUCGGGUUGGUCCGUCGGGAGAGGGCUCCUUCUUCCUCGAGAGCAUGAUCAAACCGCUUGCUCAGGGUACUCGAUCUGGGGUUCGACGGUUGACGGGUGGGAGGACGAGAGAGGGGGACAGAUUCCGGGAGAGCUAUCGGAGGGGGAUCAGUCAGCCGCCUAGGAGUCCUCGGGUUCCGAAGGUGCCUAGUGCGUUUUUGCAGCCGAACUCUUAGAGUUGUUGGAGUCCUGGUGUGUGAGG